AGCUCCAGGUUCUCGCGGGCACUUCCGCUGGGGGAGUGGGAGGUUGCUCCUGAAUUUUCUAUGGGAGCGGUGCGUCAGUUCCGCCUCUCCCAGCGCUUCCAAACUUCCUGAAUCUGUGCUUGGAACCUGCAGCGACAGGGCGAUUUAGGGGGGAAAAAAAGCCUGAGCGGAGCACGCAGCCUGAUUUCUCAGAAAGGGCUGCACAGAGGUAGAAAGAGUGACUCCCCUGGCUACUGACAGCAAAGUUCCACGUCAUAGGUCGACAUUUCGGUGGUUUCCGGUUGGAGGGUUAUCAGGAAUAAUGGUGCCGUGAACACUCAUGUACGGAUUUCCGGCCCCCCACCAGGCGCCGUUCUGCCUUCCUGGGAUCUGUGCAACUCCACGCUCUGCACACUGCCAGAAGUAGGAGGACCCGUGACCAUGUUCAAGGAGGCAGUGACGUUCAAGGACGUGGCUGUGGUCUUCACGGAAGAGGAGCUGGGGCUGCUUGACCCCGCCCAGAAGAAGCUGUAUGGAGACGUGAUGCUGGAGAACUUCCGGAACCUGCUCUCUCUGGGAGGAAAGAUCCAAAAUAAAAUGAAGACUGUUUUAGAAACAGAACCACACAAAGAGCUUUCCUGCUGGCAGAUCUGGCAACAGAUUGCAAGUGACUUAACCCAGUGUGAAGGCUCCGUGAUAAAGAGUUCUCAGUUCCCCAAACAAGGUGAUUCACCUGGACAGGUUGGGGCCGGACUGUCUGAAACUCACACAGGUCAGAAACCUGAUCAGUGCAGUGAAUUUAAGAAAUAUUUCAGUGAUGUCUCCAACUUUGAUCUUCAUCAACAAGUACACUCAGGAGUGAAGUCUCACACAUGUCGUGAGUGUGGAAAAAGCUUCUGUUACAGUUCAGCACUUCAUAUUCAUCAGAGAGUUCACCUGGGAGAGAAACGCUAUAAGUGUGAUGAGUGUGGGAAGGAAUUCAGUCAGAGCUCAUGCCUGCAAACUCAUCAGAAAGUCCACACCGUAGAGAAGCCAUUCAAAUGUGAGCAGUGUGGGAAUGGCUUCUGUCGUAGGUCAGCACUUAAUGUUCAUUAUAAAUUGCACAUGGAAGAGAAACCUUAUCGUUGUGACCAAUGUGGAAGGGCCUUCAUUCAUGCUUCCCAUCUUCAGGAACAUCAGAGAAUCCACACCGGGGAGAAACCCUUCAAAUGUGAUAAAUGUGGUAAGAAUUUUCGUCGUAGAUCAUCACUUAAUAGUCAUUGUAUGGUCCACACGGGAGAAAAACUGUACAAAUGUGAGGAGUGCGGGAAGUGUUUCUUUUGUAGCACAAAUCUUCACAUCCAUCAGAAGGGCCACACGCGAGAGAAACCUUAUAAAUGUGAGGAGUGUGGGAAGGGCUUCAUUCAGCCUUCUCAUUUUCGGGCCCAUCAGAGAAUCCAUACUGGUGAGAAACCAUAUGUAUGCAAAGUGUGUGGUAAAGGCUUCACUAUGAGUUCAAAUCUUCAGGCACAUCAGAGAGUCCACACAGGAGAGAAACCAUACAAAUGCAACGAGUGUGGAAAGAACUUCGGGACGAAAACCCGUUACCAGGUUCAUCUGGUGGUACACACGGGAGAGAGACCCUAUAAAUGUGAAGUAUGUGGGAAGGACUUCAGUCAGAGAGCAUAUCUUCAGUCCCAUCUGAAGACGCACAGCGUGGAGAAACCUUACAAGUGUGAGGAAUGCGGGCAGGGCUUCAAUCAGAGUUCCCGACUUCAGAUUCACCAGCUGAUCCACACCGGAGAGAAGCCACACAAAUGUGAAGAGUGUGGGAAGGGAUUCAAUCGUAGAGCAGAUCUCAAAAUUCACUGCAGAAUCCACACAGGAGAGAAACCGUUUAAUUGUGAGGAGUGUGGGAAGGUAUUCAGGCAGGCCGCAAAUCUUCUGGCGCACCAGAGAAUCCACAGCGGAGAGAAACCUUUCAAGUGUGCAGAGUGCGGGAAGAGCUUUGGUCGCAGUUCACACCUGCAAGCCCAUCAAAAAGUGCACACCGGAGAAAAGCCAUACAAGUGUGAGGAGUGUGGGAAGGGCUUCAAGUGGAGCUUGAAUCUGGACAUGCAUCAGAGGGUCCACACAGGAGAGAAACCCUACAAGUGUGGGGAGUGUGGUAAGCACUUCAGUCAGGCGUCAAGUCUUAAGGUUCAUCAGAGCGUCCACAGUGAGGAGAAACCGUACAAAUGUGAUGUGUGCGGCAAGGUCUUCCGCCACUCUUCACAGCUACAGUCUCAUCAGAGGGUUCACACAGGGGAGACCCCUUACAAGUGUGAGACCUGUGGCCAGAGCUUCCGUUGGCGAUCCAAACUUUCACAUCAUCGCAAAACUCAUGGUGGCAGUACGGUUUAUGAAGGUAACAAGAGUGGUAAGAACAUGAAGGAAUUGUGUGUGGAAAGAAGUUCUCCAAAAUGACGUUCUGUGAAACCCUGCAUUCUUACCAUCAUCGAGUCUCAUAAGAGAGAAAAUACUUGUUUGGUUUAGUUGGUAUUGAAGCAAUAAUUGAACCUAUCUCGGUUUUCACCAGAUCACACAGUGGAGAACCCUUAAGUGGUGUGAUACGUCUUUGUUCAGAAGCACUUAGAUAGUACUUAGGAAUAGAGUUUGGUCUGGCCUUUAACACAAGUAUAAUGGUGUGCAUGCCAGAGUUCAUAUGCACUAGAAUGUAAGCUGCAUGAGGACAGGGACUUUGCUGCUAAAUAUACAUAGCCCUCAAAGCUGGAGGCAUCAUAAUUCUGGACUUCAAGUUAUAUUACAAAACUGUAACAAACAAAAUAGUAUUCUACUGGCACAAAAAUAGACACAUAGGUCACUACAACAGAAUAGAAAACCCAGAAAUGAACCCACAAAUACAUGGUCGGUUAAUCUACAACAAAGCAGGAAAGAAUAUCCAAUGGGAAAAAUAGCGUUGGGAAGACUGGACAGCAACAUGCAAGAGAGUGAAAUUGGACUGCAUUGUUACCCCAUACACAAAAAUAAAUCCAAAAUAGAUUAAAGACCUAAGUGUGAGACCUGAAACCAUAAAAGUCCUUGAAGAAAGCAUAGGCAGUAAUUUCUCUGAUAUCAGCUGUAGCGACUUUUUUUUCUAGAUAGAUCUCCUGAGGUAAGAGAAACAAAAGCAAAAAUAAACUAUUGGAACUACAUCAAAAGAAAAAGGUGCACGGCAAAGGAAACCACAAAACUAAAAGGCAGCCUACUGAAUAGGAUAUUUGCAAAUGAUGCAUUCGAUGAGGAGUUACUGUCCAAAA